AUGGUUGAAAAGAAGGAUUCUCCCGCCGCGAGCGACGACGUGCUCAACUCGAAGACCGCCACUGAGAAAAUCACCAAAAACAAGGAUAAGGGUGAGAAGGAUGAGCUGUCUGAGGAGGACCAGCAGCUUGUCAGCGAGCUCGAGAUGAUCGUGGAGAGGCUAAAGGAGUCGUCGGUCGACAUUCAUCGCUCAGCGCUUGAGAACCUAAACACCGUUAUCCGGUCGACAACAGGGUCGAUGACAUCGGUGCCCAAGCCACUAAAGUACUUGAAGGUGCACUACGAGACACUGGGCGAGCUGUUUGACCAGUGGAUGGACGAAAAUAAUAAAAAGGCACUGGCCAGCAUUUUGUCGCUGCUGGGCAUGGCGUACGACCGGGACAGCAAGCGGGACUGCUUAAGGUACAGGCUUCUGGCCGGGCUAGAGAACGAUGGUAUUUCCGAGUGGGGGCACGAGUACGUGCGGCAUCUGGCCAUGGAGGUCGGCGAGGAGUAUGCCAUCAAGGUCGAGGAGGACAGCGGCGAGGACACAGACUACCUGGUCAAAGUGGCCCAGGAGAUUGUGCCUUUCUUCAUGCAGCACAACGCGGAGGCCGACGCCGUCGAUCUGCUUGAGGAGCUGGGUCAGCAGGAGCUCAUCGAGAACUUUGUCACAAAGGAUACGUUUGAGCGCGUGUGCCUGUACAUGAUUAGCUGCUCUCCGCUGCUUGCACCGCCGUCGGACCUGGGGUUCCUGAAAACGGCCCGCCGGAUCUACCACAAAUUCGGCAAGCCGUCGCAGAGCCUGCCGCUGUCGAUCAGGCUCGGGCAGAAUGACAUGAUUAAGGAGGACUGGGAAAGCUGCACCACGCGCCUUGAGAAGGCGCAACUUGCGUUUAUCAUGGCGCGCCAGCAGGUGCACAUGCCCGAGCUCAUUGAGGACGACGACGAAGAGCUGUUGGCGUGCAUGUACAACUCGGGGUUGUCGAAGAGCUACCUCAACCUGGCCCGCGACCUCGAGCUUCUCGACCCCAAGUCGCCUGAGGAUAUUUACAAGUCGCACCUGGAGAACUCCAACGUUGACACAACACUGGAGUCGGCGCGGCACAACCUCGCCUCAACGUUUGUCAACGCGUUCGUCAACGCGGGCUACGGAACCGACAAGCUGAUGACCACAAGCACCAGCGGGCUCGAGUGGAUCUACAAGAACAAGGAUCUGGGCAUGCUUAGCGCCACAGCGUCGCUGGGCAUGAUCAUGCUGUGGGACGUCGAGGUGGGUCUCAACCAGAUUGACAAAUUCCUCGAGUCUGAGGACAACUCAAUCAAGGCGGGCUCGAUUCUGGCCAUUGGCAUGCUCACAUCGGGCGUACACGACGAGACGGACUCGGCAAAGGCGCUGCUGGCGGACUACAUUACGGAUGAGAGCAAGCCGGCAAUUAUCAGGCUGGCGGCGAUUACCGGUAUCGGCAUGGCGUACGCGGGCACCAACCGCGAGGACAUUGUCGAGCUCCUGCUGCCGAUCAUCAGCGACACCGACAUCACCAUAGAUCUGUCCUCGAUUGCGGCGUUGUCGGCGGGCCUGGUGUGCAUCGGGUCGGGCGACAUCGACGUGUCGUCGAGUAUUCUGCAGGCGAUGAUGGAGCGCGUCGAUACGGAGCUCAACCACAAGUACGCGCGGUUUAUGGCUCUUGGCCUGGGCCUGCUGUACGUGGGCACGCAGGACAAAUACGACACGAUCCUCGAGACGCUCAAGGUCGUCACGCACCCGAUCGGCCAGCAGGCAUCGAUCAUGAUGCAGGUGUGCGCUUACACGGGCACGGGCAACGUGCUGGAGGUGCAGAAGAUGCUGCACAUCUGCGCCGAGCACCUCGGCGACAAGGAGGACCAGCUGCCACAGGCGUUUGCAGUGCUCGGAGUGGCGCUCAUUUCGAUGGGCGAGACUGUCGGGUCGGAGAUGUCGCUGCGCACAUUUGACCACUUGAUGCAAUACGGCGACCCGGUUGUGCGGCGCACCGUGCCUCUGGCCAUGGCCAUUGUGUGCGCGUCCAACCCGCUCGUCGGCGUGCUCGACACGCUAAACAAGUACUCGCACGACAACGACAAGGCGGUGGCGACCAGCGCGGUCUUUGCAAUGGGUAUCGUCGGCGCCGGAACCAACAACGCGCGCCUGGCGCAGCUCUUGCGGCAGCUGGCGACAUACUACCACAAGGACACUGACAUCUUGUUCACUGUGCGCAUUUCACAGGGUCUGCUGCACAUGGGCAAGGGCACGCUGACGCUGAUCCUGACGGACUCGCACUUUUUGCUGUACUACCUGGUGCGCGCCAUGUACCCGCGCUUCCUCAUUACAUUCAACGAGGAGCUCGAGGCCAUCAGCACUAGCGUGCGUGUCGGCCAGGCAGUCGAUGCGGUCGGCCAAGUUGGAAGGCCCAAGACUAUCACUGGAUUCCAGGCGCACGAGACGCCGGUGCUGCUUGGCCACGCGGAGCGCUCCGAGAUAGCGACAGACAAGUACAUCCCGCUGACCAAUGUGCUCGAGGGCUUUGUCAUCUUGAAGAAGAACCCCGAGUACGUGGAGGAGGAAGAGGAGACGAAAAAGUGA